GUCGAUUGAAAAACCGACGAGGCCUCAUUCCUUGAUCAAGUGUUGCCAGUGGCGAGUCGGUCGGUCCCUUAGACUCUGGCUUUAGACACCCCGUAAGUGCAGUGUGUGUGUGUCUGCAAAAGGUUGGGGCGAAGAAAAUCUCUCUACAAGUACUGCUUACUACUUUUGUGUCUGGCCGAAUGUGUCUGGCAUGGAAGAAAAGGAUUAAAAUCUCAUAAUUCAAGACUAUUGUCAAAGUUUUACCUCCGAGCGGACAAAUUGCAACCCUUUUCUUGAAUCCGGACCGCCUCCCCCUCCUGCUGCGACGGUGUUUCCUCUUAAGUGGGGUUGCACAAGAAAAAGACGCAAGGUGGUGGUGCGAAAAAAGCACAAGAAAUUCGAGGAUUUGUUUGAUUACGGAGGCAAUCGAGUGUGAAAGCGCCGCAAGGAAAAGUCGGAAUCGAACCAAAAUAGAAGCGUUUCGGGAAAGGAGCCCCCCUUGCCAUGGGGGAGUGGGACAUCCCUAGCCAAGUGGGUUGUUGGCAUCAAAUAGGCGACGUGACCCGCCGAAUAAGUGUGUCUUAAGGGGAAGAGGGCAACAAGCAAACAGUAAACGUACGAGAUGCCGGGAAAGAUUGUUGAAUGUAAAAACACUAAAUUGAAGAUAUAUGCUUUCUUUUUCCCUCGGUGAAGAAUUUUAUGUGCUGCGGUGAAAAAGAAACCUUUCCCGUUCAUUCUUUUUUUACGAGCCGGUGUGCGGCGAAGAAAAUUACAAUUUGAUAGGAUUUGAGCAGCAGCACAAAUCGUGGAAAACGCAAAGUUUUGUGGCCAAUGUCUCGGAAAGCCAAAAAGGGACGAUGUGUACUGAAUGUAUAAUUACUCCGUACUUCUUAAUUGGAAACCGCAACAAGGGAGAGGAAAAGUGAAAAGUUUUUUUGUUCCAGGAAAACCGCAGGAUCCAAAUGGGGAAUGGAAAUCCUUUUUAAACAAAGUAUGAAAAAUCAAAGUGAAAACUUUUCAAUGAUUGCGGCAGCAGACAGGAAAUGCAUUUUUAAUUGACUAACAUUUUGAGGAUCUUUGGCAGUGCGCGUGUGUACGUGUGUCACGGAAUGGCCGACGACGAUGAUGGUGGUGAGAUUGUGAUGAUGCAUGCAAAUGUGUUGGUGCAGUGAGUGCAGCAGCUGCAGCUUCCGUGACGAGCAUCACCACCAUACCCCCACGCGGGAGAUCGCCGAACUUUGAUUCCAACAGCAGCAGCAGAAGAAUCGUUAAAGUUUAGUCAGGAGCCCAACCCUCGUCACCACACUUGAUCCGCUGAGCUGAAAAGUUGUUCUGUCGCUUUGCCGCUGCAGGCAAAACUGCCAAAAGUGUGAAAUCAUUAAUUGUACAUAAGUAUAUAGAGCGAGUAGUUAUCCGUAAUCCCCAGUUUCAAAUAGCAGGACAAAAAAAAAGUUAAAGUUACAACAAAGUGCGACAGUUGGUAAUUGAAAAGGUAACAACGGUAAAGUUUUACAAUUUUGCAACUCUCACUCGUUACCCGUCUCGGUUGAACUGGUUUGUUUUGGAAGAGAAAAUUUACUGACUUGAGGUACACUUUAGAUGUGCAGAGUGAAGUAAAGUGCUGCAAUUAGUGGUCUGAAAUAGCACCCAAGGAGGAAGAUGCCCAACGAGAUGACCAACCGGAGGAGUUGCUGUCUUAGGUGGCAGCACUAGUCAGAGAACAAGGGUUGCUUGCAACAUACCACAUCGGCUGUUGGUUUUACCGGUCUAUGGUUUUGCCAAAGCUCCGCCACCAUCAUGAUGGAUGUGCGUGGUCUUUUGAAGGCUUCCUGCUUGUUGUACAUACUUAGAGGUGUCAUCCUGCUGGAUCUUCAGGGACCGUUAUUUCUCAGCGAACCGCUGCAUCGCAUCGAAUUUUCCAACAAUUCUGGAACUCACAUCGAGUGUACAGGUCAUGGAAGUCCACCGCCCGAUAUGGAGUGGUCGGUAGCGACAACUAAUCACGAGCUGGUGUACGCAUCGCCAAACGGAAGUCUGAUUUUUUAUCCCUUCACGGCGGAUAAGUUCCGCCACGAAAUUCACUCCACAGUUUAUAGAUGUAAAUUAAAAAACUUAGUCGGUACUAUUUUGAGUCGCGAGGUGCACGUGAAAGGAGUCGUUAAUCAGAAGUAUAAUGUACAAGUACACGACGAAUACGUCAUGUCGGGCAACACCGCGGUUCUGAAAUGCCAGGUGCCCAGCUACAUCCUAGACUACGUGCAGGUCACGGCCUGGGUGCAGGACUCCGGUGUGCACCUGUACCCGAACACCGACAUCGGGGGCAAGUACAUCGUGCUUUCGAACGGCGACCUGUACAUCAACAACGCCGGCCCCAGUGACGCGUACAAAACGUACUCGUGCAGAACUGUAAAUAGGCUAACAGGAGAGAUACAAAUUUCAACAUAUCCAGGUAGAGUGAUAGUGACUGAGCCGAAAGGACUAGUACAACCUAGAAUUAAUGUAGAGAAGCACUCGUUGAAACACAUAGUUGUGAACGCACAAGUGACGUUGCCUUGUGUAGCCCAGGGGCACCCGGUGCCGACGUACCGGUGGUUCAAGGAGGUCAAGGAUCAGAUCAUCCCACUGCAGCUGAACGAACGCAUCAGCAUAAUUUCGGCCGGUUUGCUCAAGAUCGCCAAAGCCCGACUCGAGGACAGCGGGAAGUACCUCUGCUGGGUGAACAAUACCGCUGGCGAGGAGACAAUCCAGGUGACGUUGACGGUGACGGCACCUCUUUCAGCUCACCUGCAGCCCCCAGUACAAACUGUAGAUGUUAGUAAGGACGCCCAGUUCCAGUGCAUCAUCUCGGGUUUUCCCGCCCACGAGGUUCUGUGGAUGCACAACGCGAAACCCAUCGUCCGGGAUAGCCGGAUAGAGAUCUACACCGACACGCCCCGGAUCGUGAUCAAGAAUGUCCAGAAGGAGGACCAGGGCAUGUACCAGUGCUUCGUGUCGAACGAGUGGGAGCAGAUCCAGUCCACGGCCGAGCUCCAACUUGGAGACGCCACUCCGGAGCUGAUCUAUUGGUUCUCCGAACAGACACUCCAGCCAGACCCGACCGUAUCGCUCAAGUGCGUGGGGACCGGUAAUCCACCACCGCAAUUUACCUGGAAGUUGGAUGGUUUUCCGAUUCCAGAUAACUCUCGGUUCGUCGUCGGUCAGUACGUAACGAUACACGACGAUGUAAUCAGCCAUGUAAAUAUCUCCAACGUUAAGGAGGAGGACGGUGGCGAGUACACCUGUGUGGCCCAGAACAGCAUCGGCAAGGUGUCACACAGCGCCCGGGUGAAUGUUUACGGAGCUCCCUACAUUCGAGAAAUGCCCAAAAUCACCGGUGUGUCCGGCAGUGACCUGGUGAUUAAGUGUCCGGUGGCCGGUUAUCCGAUCGAUAAAAUCCACUGGGAGCGGGACGGUCAAACGUUGCCCAUUAAUCGCCGCCAGCGAGCCUACAACAAUGGGACACUCAUCAUCGAACAGCUCCAGCGGACGGAGGAUGCCGGAACGUACACGUGCAUGGCGCAGAACAAACAGAAGCAGACCUCCAGGCGGAACGUCGAAAUUCAAGUCAUAGUGCCUCCCAAGAUUAUGCCCAUCCAAGCGAUGACCAACAUGUUGCGCGAGGGCAUGCGGGCGGCCAUCUCGUGCCAAAUCCUCGAGGGUGACCUUCCGGUCAACUUCCGGUGGGAGCGCAACGGCAAGUCCAUCCUCGGCACCGGUAACGAGGUGAUUCGCCGUUUGGACGAAUACUCGGCCAGUCUCGUCAUCGAACAUAUCACCUCCGAGUAUUCGGGAAACUACACUUGCAUUGCCAGCAACGUCGCCGGCAGUGAGACCUUCACGGUGCUUACCGUGAACGUUCCGCCGAAGUGGAUCCUCGAACCGAAAGACUCGAGCGCCCAGGCCGGUCAGGAUGUUGCGCUGCACUGCCAAGCCGGUGGCCAUCCAAAGCCCACAAUCACGUGGAAGAAGGCCAUCGGCAACACACCCGGAGAGUACAAAGACUUCCUGUAUGAACCGAACGUAUCGUUGCACGCUAACGGUACGCUGGAGUUUCGGAAAAUCACCAAAGAAUCACAGGGCCAUUUUUUAUGCGAAGCGAAAAACUCCAUCGGUUCCGGAGUCAGCAAGGUCAUCUUCCUCAAAGUUAAUGUUCCUGCUCAUUUCAACACGAAAAGCAAGCAAAUUACUUCACCUCGCAAUAAACAAAUUCACAUUCAGUGUAACGUCCAGGGCGACAAUCCGAUCGACAUUAAAUGGAAGAUGCAAAAUUCCCAGCAGCACAUCGACGAAUCGUUAGACAACCGAUACAACAUCCGGGAGCAGGUGUUGGACGAUGGAAUGGUUUCAGAGUUGGGAAUAUCUCACACUUACCGACAAGACACCGGCAUUUACGUGUGCCACGCAACGAAUGCAUUCGGGCAUGAUGAAAUGUCCAUUCAGUUGGUUAUUCAGGAGGUGCCCGAAGCGCCCAAGAACCUUCGCAUAAAUUCCCAACAGUCGAGAACUCUUCAGCUGUCGUGGAGUCAACCGUUUGCUGGCAAUAGUCCCAUUGAAAAGUACAACGUCGAGUACAAGCUGGUCACGGAUUCGUGGCAAUCGGCCGAACACAUUACCGUAGCCGGUACGCAAACCGUCAUCACCCUGCAGAAUCUAAAACCAGCGAAAGCAUAUCACAUUCGAAUAUCGGCCGAAAAUAAGCUGGGUGCGUCCGAGUACUCAGAAGUAAUCCAGGUGACAACCCUGGAAGAAGUGCCUUCCGGUCCACCGUUGAACAUCAAAGGUGAACCAAAGAGUUCCACCGAAAUCUUCCUCUCGUGGGAAGCACCCGACCGGGAACAGUGGAACGGCAACCUGCUGGGCUACUACGUAGGCUACCAGGAAGCAUCCGGUCCCAACGACAAGGACAUCAAUCCUACCCAAGGCUUUAAUUUUAAAACCGUCGAAGUUCGGACGCAUUUUGGCGGCGAAACGACGCUUACCAAUCUCAACAAGUGCACUCAGUACAACAUUGUGGUGCAAGCGUACACCAGCCAGGGCAGUGGCCCACCGAGCAAGGAGAUUUCAUUGAGCACCCUCGAGGAUGUGCCUUCCACCCCGCCGGACAGCCCCAAGUGUGACGUCCUGAGCUCGACGUCGAUCUACAUCACGUGGUCGCCGCCGGCAGCCGAGGGCCAAAACGGUAAAAUCAAGGGCUACAAAGUGUCGUACAUCGAAAUUGACGAUCUUUUCGAACGUGAACCACACACUGCCAAAACCAACAACCAGUACAUGACGUUGGAAAAUUUGAAGAAAUUCACCAACUACACAUUUUGGGUGCUUGCCUUCACGAAGGUUGGUGACGGCGUACGAACGACGUCGUUCUUCUGCACGACACACGAAGAUGUUCCUUCUGCACCACGUGCCAUCAAAGCCGUUCCGGCAUCCAGUAACAAGAUUAUCAUAUCGUGGUUGCCACCCGCAAACCGGAACGGCAUCAUCACCGGGUAUACGUUCUACAUGAGCCUGGUAGAUGGAGGUCGUGAGGAGGGAUCUCACAAGCGUACGCUGGUGCCCUAUGCGGAAAUUCACGAAACGGUACGUCUCCAAGAGCACGGGACGUACCAGUUUUGGUUGACCGCAUCGACCAAAAUCGGAGAGGGCGAGAAAUCCGAGAUUGUCACGGUUCCACCCAACAAUAAGGUUCCCGCAAGAAUUGUAUCCUUCAGUCAGGAAAUUGUAACACCGUGGAAGGAAACACUCGUGCUGCCUUGCCGGAAAGUUGGUGUUCCGGCACCGGUCACCAUCUGGCGUCAGGAUGACCAACCCAUGGAAACGGGCACGCGGAAGUUGAUUGCCAAGAAUGGAACCUUGUACAUCAAGGACUGUCAGGCUUCCGACGCGGGCAACUACACGUGUAGCGUCGAGAACAACUGGGGAAGGGAUGAAAUUGUCUAUCACAUUAAAAUUAAAGUACCUCCAGAUCCACCGAGUCUUUCAGUCAUCAACACCUACACGGACAGCCUUUUACUGGAGUGGUUGGACAACAGAAACGGUGGUUCUCCAAUCCUCAGCUACGUAAUCAACUACAAGCGUGAGAACGGGGACUGGGAAGAAAUUCAAAUUGACUCUAAAACCAACACCCACCUUUUGGUGAAUCUCUGGUGCGGUACCAAGUACCAACUGUACAUAACAGCAAACAACAAAAUCGGAACUGGUCUUCCGUGUGACAUUGUCCACUCGCAAACCAAGGGACUUCCUCCGGUGCAACCGAAGCACUCGCAAAUGAUCACACACAACUCAACGAGCGUUACCUGCUGGCUGGACUCGUGGGGCGACGGCGGUUGUGGGAUUCUGCACUUUUCCGUCGAGAAUCGAAUCUACGGCCGCUCGCAGUGGCUCAUGAUUUCAAAACACGUGGAUGCGACGGAACGGGUCUAUACGGUGGCCGAACUGCAGCCCGCAACCAAGUAUCAGCUGCGCGUCACGGCACACAACAACGCCGGAUCGACGAUGGCCAUCUACAACUACACCACGUUGACCGUGGCUGGAGUGAUGGUUCACCCGGACCUGACGAAUCCCGUUUCGCCGCACCUCGGGGACAAUCCAUUUUACGCCAACUUUAAGGUCCUGCUGCCGCUUUUUCUCUCGAUUCUAAUCCUAUUUGCACUGAUCGCAGCGGCGCUUCUCAUCCGGAAAAGAAAGCUAAAUAACCAGAACCGGAUCCCGUCAACGUCGAUGUCGGAGUCGCCGUCGAUUGCCAACAUCCAGAACAAGCACAACCGCGACCAGCAGUAUCUGGCGGUGCGGGCCCAGCAAAACAGUCGCAACAGCAAUUCGGUCGAUUCCGGCAGCUUCAAAGCCGAGGGAAAUGAAUACGUUGAAGACAUUUGCCCGUAUGCAACAUUUCAGCUGAACAAACAAACGUACAGUGAAAGUUCAUACAGUGGAAAUGUUUACAGUGGACCAUAUCAUUCGGUAAGAGGAUCAUUUGUGUAUCAUGAUGUAAAAACCGAAAACUAUCAUAACAAAGAACCCGAGUACACAAAAGUACGCAGAAAGGGCGGAUCUCGUCUGCGGGAUCCGACCACCUCGGAGCCGAUAGAAUAUGAUACGCUUGGUUCCGAGUCCGACAACGACAUGGCCUCGCGUUCAAACCAGUCCAACUACCGUCACCAUAGAGAUACUCAAGACGAAACAUCUUCGUCCUCUGAGAACUCGCCUUCGAGCGUGUCUCGCAAGGCAAAGCCACCCUACCCGCCGCGAAAGUCAGCCAAGUCGGCCCAGAACCUGACCUCGCAGAAGCGUCACGUGCGGAGUUCGAGCGGCUACUCGAGCCACAACGAGGAGACAACGUUUAGUAUAUCUAACUAUCCCAAUUACUCCGAACAUCACAUAACGCCGCCGGCCAGAUUCUCCGAUCUGCUCGCCGGGCGGGACGCCACGUUGGCCGUCUCGUCCGUGAAUCCCUCCUCGGCCACCGGGCUGAUUCAGCAGCUGGGCGGCAGUGCUGCCAGCGAGCAGCUUACGGUGAGCACGAAAAAAUCAAGCGCGAGCACAAGCAGCAAUCACUCGCCGCGACCACGUGCCAAUCAGAAGCUUCAGCGCGAAGCGUUCCAAAUCAAUGUGUGAUGGGAUUGUUACAGCGAUUUUCAGGAUUUUUGAAAAUGCUGACCCGCUCACUAAUAUACCAAAAACAAAAUCAAUCGAUCGACAAGAAAGACUCAACAAAUACAACGCAUCUCUUUACAAUUUGAACUACGUAGACGAUGAGGAGAAGAAAUUGAAGCUGGAAAUUUAACACGCGACGACAACGACUUGAACCGCGGCUGUUUUGGUCCCACUUUUUAAGACUUUCCGUUACAAAAAAACAACACUCCCAAAUACUCUCAAGCAAUCCAUCGUUUGUGCAGUAGAGAAGACAGAACUAACGAAUGAAAAUAGUGAAACUAUUAUGAAGACAAAGAUUGUUGUUGAAUAAUUUAGGGCAAACCAAUGCAGAAUAUUAGAUAGUUAUUUGAUAUGAAAAUUUAUUGCAACAACAGGAAAAUAGAGUGGAAAUGUGCGAAACUUGACCAGAGCAGUAUUUGAGAAUGAAUACGGAUUUUUUUGUUGGCUGGAUGAAACAUUUCCCGUGCGUUCCUUGUGGUCAAAGAAGCCAUCUUGUAUUACGUGUUAGUGCAAUUUCAGAUGCACCCUUACAAAACAAGCUUUGAUAAGCUCAGUUGGCUGAAUGUUGUGCUAGGCAUUAAACUCCCUGAACGUAGGUUGGUGCCGAUCGUGCCAAUCACAAUCAAAGGAGGAGGAAAAUGAUGAUUGGAUACUAGAGUGGAGUUAGACUGAUGCCUUUCUUGUCAACACUAGUGGUUGCAGUUCAUCCAAGUAAUCCCGAAAACCUUCUCUCUGCCUAUACAGCAUUGCAUUAACCGCAGAGACAGAUUCUGUUAACGGAACAAAUUUCACCGAAUCAACUGGGGAGGAAGCAUGCGGUAGACGUACCGUACCAGACGCUCCGAACCAGUUGUGGUGUGGUGUAUUGAUGUGAAUUGGGCAUAUCGACAUCUGUGAAAUUUAUCAGAUGCACUACGAACUUUUUAACUUGAGAAGUAAGAAGUGGUAACCGUUUGCGGUCCUCUUAGUUUCGGCAGUUUCGGCGGUUCGAAAUAUGCCAUUUUGAAUGUAUUCCAUCAUCAUAGGCGUGUAGGUCAACAGCUUGCGAUCAAGUUUGCUUUUGAAGUUGAUGGGCCAACUCACACAGCAGUUGCCUCGAACCCCUUCGACUUCCGUGAAAUUGGCACUAGGAAGAGCCACGUUGCCUUGUGGUAAAGCAUUCGCAUUGUAAGCGGAAGAUCGGGGUCCAAAUCCCGGCUCGGACCAACACAACUGGUGAUCGUUUCUGGAUUCGAAGGUAUUGUAUCAUCACAAGCUAGAACUUAUCACAAAACUUAGGGAAGGCGAACUAUGGAAUGUUAACACGAACAAUUAACAUGUUAAAAUUAGUUGAUUAGAAACUGCCACUGAAUCCGAUUUGUAAAUGCCGGCCCCGAUACUCUUCAAAGGUGUUCCUCUCCAAGGAGCUAGGAAAGAUUUACUUUUUACUUACAUUGCAGGCACAUUGCGAGAUCCAUUUUUCGAUAUCUCGUGACGUGACGGAUGUUACAAUUAGAGAUUUCCCGGCUGCUCUUUGAGCUCAAAAGAAGAAAAACACAAGCACGAAAUGUAUGUUUUAACACGUGUAUUGAACCCUCAUCAGUGUGUGUGCGCACAAAUCUUCCUUUUCCCCUGCAUCUUCUUCUUCUUCAACGCUCUUCUUUAUUCUCGCGCGCCUCGCGCUUGUUCUCCUUCUCGCGCUUUUGCUUCCUCUUCCCUUCUUUUAUUUCCCCCGCUCUUCGCACUCGCCUUCUUGCCUCACACUUCCCCUUUCUUCAACGACAUCGCCAAGCGUCGCUUCCGGUCUUCAGACAUGACGCCGCUUCCGACAAGCUCCAACGGCGACAGGCACAAACCAUACCCUCUCGCGGGGCAUUUCGCUCGCUUUGUUUGUCUCCACCGCUGCCUCCUAGUUUCGGAGGAAUUGUGCACUCACCGACAAUUGCGCACGGUCCCGAUCGUAACCACUCCGGCCUACAGGUCCUCCUCCUCGCCACAUUUCUUUUCGGCCGUGGAAAACACGCCGACAGUUUCGGCGGUUGCAGGUGCCCGGGUUUCGCCAGCAAGAGUUCCAACUAGAACGAAAAGGCCCUGCAGAAUCGGCCACAGUCAGCCCAACGGUUUCCACCUUUUCUCCAACGGCAACUCACCCUUUCGGGGCCAGGGCGUCCAGUCGGCCGGGUUGCUCGCGAUGCAGGCCGGAACGGUGGAACGUGCGGUCGGUCCGACCGUCGAUUCGAAAAGAAGGAGUAAAAUUUUGCUGCGUCGCGUGGACGACGUGCUCACGCGGCUCGCGACAGCUGCGUCAACUUGACAGUUUUGACGCUUAUAGUAUUUUCCGCCGAACGGGGGGUUUUCUUGUGCGCAAGAUUAAGGGCACGGAAAGUCAAAUGACGUAAUUUUAAGCGGACCAAACACAAAUGCUACACGGACCCAAUGACUUGUAGCUCGAAACCUUGAGGAGAUAGAAAUUUGGUUUCAACGGGACCUUUGUGUAUAAUGGCGUACACAAAACUCCUAAAAAGCGUAUGUUUCAUAAAAAGGUUAAAAAAUGAUUCUAAAAUCUCAGCUUUUUCUUGUUACAUGUCAUUUUAUGAUAAAUUUGAUGUUCUUUUCGAGUCUGCAAUAACCCGAAUAGGGUUAUACAACGUUUUAGAACAGACUAAACCAAAAAAAUUGUUGUAUAAAAUAAGGAGUUUGCAUGUAUUCUUCACCACGGUGUGUUUUUUAGAACAAACAAAUGAUAAAAAAUCGGUAUGUCUGAUAUUUGGCACCGUGGAAGAAGGGCCCUUUCCCCCUCUUUCCGGUCCAUUUGCGUAAAACAGGUUUUGGGUGACUCACCACACAUAACCUUCGGACGCCUAUAGAAAUAAGCACAAACUUGCAACAGAGACCACAAAAGACCUCAAACUAUCAAAUGCAAAUAGUCAUUCUUAUGUAAAAUUGUCUGAUCUUUCCGAUAAAAAUAUUAUCAGAUUUUUUUUUUAAUCUGACCGAACAUUUGAAAACGUCCAAAAAUGCUUUCAUAACGGUAUUGGGGUAAAUGGAACCUAGAUGAUUUUUGCGAUGCAAUUGGUUAUUUUUACUGGAUUCCUAAGACAUUUUCACAUAAAUUAAGUGAGUUUUGAAUUUCACAUAAGUUAUGUGAAUUUGGCAUGGCCGCAUAACGCCUCCAUUCUAAAUAUACAAUGGAGUAAAAAUGUUUAAAAACAGGGAAUAGGGGCCAAAUGGUGGAUAAAAGCAUCACCACUCGAUUCCCCGGAUUUUUUUACGUAAGAGAUACUACUUUUCAUAUACGAGAACCUGUUGCGUUUAAUUAAGUACGAUUUUGGGUCCGAUUUCGCCCGAUACUCUGACGAGGAGUUUCUCACUUUCAAGUUAUUUAAUUUUUUUGCACUGAAACUAGAAAACUUUAUACUAGAAGGUCUCCUUAAAUCAAUUGAAAUCGCAAAAACUCUUAAAGCCUAAGUGAAGGAAAGAGUUUAUUGGUACUUUUUUGAUGAAUCGUUUACAGAAACGUAUGAAAACGUAUGUUCACAACAUGGUUUCUUCGGUCAAAGAGAAUGAGCACAUCAAGUUGCAUCCAAAACCAAACAUACAAAGAAAAAUCUCGAGAGUAAAAUCCAAAGAGCUGCUCACAAAUGAACCCGGAGUGUACAUUACUCGAAACUAUUUUAUAUUGAAGUUGUGUAUUUUAAAAACGAAUCGGUAGUUAUUCCCCACUCAAAGUGAGAACUUGAACAUGUUAGGUUAACAAAUUGAGGUGAGCAACACACAAAUCACCCACAAAGCCAACGCAAAACCAGUAGCUAGUUGUUUUUUGUUAAGAAAAUGAUUGGAAACCCUUGAUGGCGCAAAUAGGAUUAAAAUUUAGCAAUUGACCCUCUACAUAUACACAAUACACACACACAAUUCCAAGUUCGUUCCUUCCUGAGUCGCCACACUCGUUAUCGAGCUUUAGUUAUAGAGGCGAGGAAAUCGAAAAAAGAAAACAACAAUUUUCACCCAGUGUCGAGUGACGAGUACAAUAAGCCUAGCGAACGAAGGGCGCGCGCCAUUCAUGUUGAUAACGAUUUGAUUUUUUAUAGGAAAUUUUAUUAGGUUGAACAACUACUGCACACACGCACACUCACACAAUUAAACACAACCACGACUGAUUGGGUGUUUCACGCGCAAUUGUCGCCAUGUUGAGCAGAAAAUGCAUUUAACACUAGUUCAGAUCGGAACGUUCAGUUACACCUGUUUAGUGACAUCGUAACAAGGAGGAAAUUUUGUUUUAUAGUUGUGUAAAAAAAAACCCUAGGGAAAUCUGAAAAACAAAAAUUAGAAACAAAGACAAAGCCAAAAAUCGAUUAUAAAUUGAAAGUGUACAUACAAAUCCAUAAGAAGCGAAAUCACGAUUAAAAAAAAUCAAAAAAUGUACUAAUAGUGAUCAAUAUGUGAUUAUUAAACUAUUAUAAAUUUAUAAAGAUAUAAAAAUUCCUUUUUUCUCUUUUAAAGGUUGAACGAAGAAAUCAUAACAAUUAUUUUGAAAUAUAGAGAAAAUAAGCUAAUUAAAAUCUCGCUCAUUAUAACAAAAAAGAAUUUCAAAACUACAAAAUCAUUUCUUCGCAACUCUUUGGACCUAACUUCACACGAAAUUGAUUUUAAGAUUUCUAACUAUAAAUUUUAUUUUGGUAUGCGAUAUUUUUAAAUCACUGUUGCCACUUUUAGUACACUUUUUCCACAACAUAUCUCUCUUACCUGCAAGAUACUGUACAGAUCCAAAUACAUCACAGUAGGCAAAGUUUCGGAAUACCAAAAUAAUUUUGUAAGAACGAUAGCUUCAACGCCUUCUUCGCUGUAAAUAUAACCAAAAGAAAAACUCAUAAAAGCACAGCAAAUAUGUUCAUCACGCUCAACCGUGUCCACGCUUAGUUACUAAAAAAGGAAGCAAAAGAAAAGAAAACAUGACCCUUACCUGCUUUCACCCAACACAUUUAAUUUGCGAUCAAACCAUGCUGGCACGGCUAGCACGCCAAUGUUGCCAAAACGUGUAUCCGACUGAUAGAGAUUAGCCAAUAAAGCACACUCACACAAAUAAACUUGAGCCUAACGAGAGACUGGAUCGACGCAAGCAACAAAAAAAUGCGAUCGGAAGCGCCAAUGAGCGCAGGAACUGCUAGGAGUUUAGCACAAAAAAAAACAAAAAGGCCAAACACUGUUAUGACAAUAUUGAAAGAACCCAUUCCAGGAGUGUUUAGCGUAUUAUAGUUUUUAAUUGACAGACAGCCAAACCAUGCUGGAGCACAAACAAAAGAUUAUAUUUGUGAAUUUGCAAUAGACUACAAAAACCACGGCAUCAUAUAAAUACAGUGUCUGCAAAAUAAACAAUUAAUGUAUCAUCAUCCAAACAAACAGAAAAGAAGAAAAAUCCUCAGCACACAGCAUAACGAUACAGACAUACGCAAAUGAAAAAAAAAAUACAAAACAAACAAUAGCAGGAAUAUACCUCGAACAUAGAUGCUUACAUGAAAUAGAAGAAAAUUGCAUUGCGAACCGAUAGGAAAUAGAACGCAAAACCAGAAAAAAA